AUGGAGAAGUUUGACAAAUCACAGGUCAUCGACCUCGAUGCUCUUAUCGUUGGUGCUGGCUUUGGUGGCGUGUAUCAGUUGAAGAAACUACGCGAUCUAGGCUACAACGCCAAGCUGGUAGAAAACGGCUCCGAUUUUGGCGGCGUAUGGUACUGGAACCGCUACCCCGGCGCUCGAGUCGACAUCCCCAUUCCACACUACGAAUUCUCGGACCCAAAGCUCUGGAAGGAGUGGAGUUGGAGACAACGUUUUCCUGGUUCUGCAGAAUUGCGUGCAUACUUUAGUUUCGUCGCUGAUACAUGGAACAUCCGCGAUCAUUGCGUCUUCAAUAGCCACGUCAACUCUGCAAUAUGGGAUGAAGGAGUUUCGAAGUGGAUAGUGAGGACCAGAAAAGGAACGACCUAUCAUACAACUUUCUUCCUGCCCAAUACUGGUUUUGCAGCUAAAAGAUACAUCCCUGAUUGGAAAGGUCUUGAGAGGUUCAAAGGCACUUGGAUCCAUCCGAGCUUCUGGCCAGCCGAAGGCAUUGACUUUAAGGGGAAGAAGAUCGCUGUCAUCGGAACUGGAUCAACAGGUGUACAGCUCUCUCAAGAGCUCGCUCCCCUUGCAUCUGAGUUUGUUCUCUUCCAACGCACUCCAAAUCUUGCUUUACCCAUGAAGCAACAGGAUUUCGAUGGAGACGCCCAAAUGUUGCCCAGAGAGCAAUACCCUGACUUAUAUGCUGGUCGCAAAUCGUCCUUCGGUGGUAUCGACUACAGUUUCUCGGCACAAAAGACGUUCGAUCACACUCCAGAAGAGCGUAGAGCCGUAUAUGAAGCUCUCUGGGCCCAUGGCGAUUUUCACUUCUGGCUUGCAACCUAUGGAGACAUGUUAUUCUCGGACGAGGCAAACACCGAAGCGUAUAAUUUCUGGCGAGACAAGGUCCGCGCAAGACUCAACAGUCUCCGUCUAAAGGAUAAGUUCGCACCUAUGAAGAAGCCGCACGCGUUUGGCUGCAAGCGAAUCUCCCUCGAGAAUGGCUUCUUUGAACUUUUCAACAGAUCAAAUGUGCAUCUUGUCGACAUGAAUGAAACUCCCGUGAUAGAAAUUACACCGAGUGGAAUCAAGACCAGCGCAAAAGAAUGGGACUUUGACCUCGUGGUUUGCGCAACCGGCUACGACGCCACCACUGGAGGCAUCUUAGAUAUGAAUGUCCAAGGUCGAGGUGGCACCGCACUGAAAGACUUCUGGCGCGAUGGCGUCAAGACAAACCUUGGAAUGUGUGUGCCUUCGUUCCCAAAUAUGUUCUUCACUUAUGGCCCGCAAGCUCCCACAGCCCUGUGCAACGGACCUACCUGUGCCGAGUUCCAGGGUGACUGGAUCAUCGAUGUGAUCGAACACAUACGCAAGAACAACUACCAUCGCAUCGAUACCUCUAUGGAGGCUAGCAACACUUGGGCAGAGGGUGUUGCUGCUAUCGCCAACAGGUCUCUACUGCCAACAGCACGAUCGUGGUAUAUGGGAGACAAUAUCCCAGGUAAGAAGCGAGAAUGCCUGAUUUACCUUGGUGGUGUGCCCAAUUACUACAAAUCGUUGAACGAGUGUGCUGCAAAGAACUAUGAAGGCUUUGUAAUCACUUAA